GGGCGGGCACGAGGCCUGUAUUUCUUCUUCUGCCUGCUGCUCCAGGCCAGUGAGUGUAAUCUUCGUUGUCUCGGCGUUGCUAGUGAUGCGUGAUAUGAAUCGAGACUUUGGCUCAAAUUUCUUGCAUCUAUCGUCGUUGUUGUGCUGUUUGCCGCUUUCAGAAGAGGAGGUGCAGCAUGUGAUACGUUGCGCAGUUGAAAUUUGGACUGUAUGACGGUGUCUGUAUCAAGGAAUAUUAAGUGGAAGUUCUUCUGCGGCGGAAUAUUUUGUGAGGCGUAACGUGUGAGGGAGCUGGGUUUUUGUACGCGGAAUAUGGCUUUCGGCAGGGACCUUGAUUUGUACAAGACGAAAUUGUGUACAUUGUUCUCUCGAGGAUCGUGUCCGCGUCAGAGCUGCUCUUUCGCUCAUGGGAAUGCUGAACUUCGGCGAUUGUCUGGACACCCUGAUUCUCGUUCAGUCGGUUUGAGGUCUCGAUUUGAGAGGGAGUCCCCUUUGAGUCAGUUGCGGCGAUCCCACAGCCAAGAAAGAAGAGGUCGAGGAUUCCGGGGGUCACCUUUCCAAGACAGCGAUUAUUGUCGAUCACCGGCAAAGCGUAGGAGAAGUAGAUCUCUUACUGCUCCGGAGCCAUCCGAGUUUAGAAGGAGGGACAUCAAGACCGCACGUAUAGAAGCGAAUGAACCGCAUUUAAGCGAUGUCUCAGCUGAGGACCUCGGAACUGAUAGUCCUGGUGCUGACAAAGAUGUAAAAUCUCAAUCUGCAAAGGAAGCAUCACAUAUGCGUGACUCCCUUGAGGAGCAGUUGGCGGAAGUGAAGGAUGAUAAUAAAGUUUUAGUGGAUGAGAAGACCAAGCUUGAGCUUGUAUUGGAGAGCAAGAAAAAUGAGACCUCAGAGUUAAAUGAGAAAGUUACAACACUAAAUGAGAGAGUAGCCGGAGUGCAAGAAGAUUGUAAGGGGAUAACUUCAAGGACGCGGAAGCUCGUGAAAGUGUACAAAGUGUUUGUUCGUGCGCAAGACGAACUGAAGAAAGCACAAGCCAAGUUAAUCAAACUGGUGGACGAUGGUAUUGUGGAAUCAUAUAGCAAGAAUAUGGAUCUGAACAAUAUGAAAGGUUUACUUCCAUCCCAUGGUGGAAUGUUUGGAGAUACUGCGACUCCACUUGAUGGCUCUAUCUCUCUGGAAGCUACGCAGAGGUGAAUGACAAGUGCAACCAGAUCUGAUAACUUACUGCAGAUUAUAUUUUAAAACUCUUUUGGAAGGAUCCAUUAGCGAUGUUUCGUUCAUUUGCUUGGCUGUACAUGCACGACAUUGGAGUUACGUAUUUAUCAUUAUGCAGGCUCGCUGGUUAUCAGAAAGGAUGCUAAGGUUGAACCACCGAACGUGGUAAAAUGCCGUCCUUGGUUGAGGAUCAGUGACCUCAUCACUACAGCUCAAGAUAGAACACUCUCUACAGAGUAAUUUGCAGCAGGCAGGCACGGAAUCAAAAUGCAACAAUACGUGGAAUGGCAGUAGCCUUAAGAGAGCUAUUUCAGGCAUUGGUGAAGGCUUCAGCCAAAUGCUUGUUUUGGAAGAAAGGAUCAUAAUUCAGGAUUUCGACUUUAUAUUCUGCUUAUAAUUCGCGAAAGAUGUUUGGCAUUGCAGUUCGAGUCAAAGAAGGAACUGUAUGAUUUUCAUUUCUUGGUACCUGAAAUGUGAAAAUCUUUCACCUACUUUUGUCGUUGUACACAAUCUGUCAUGUGAGCAAUUCACUGAGUAAUCCAGUUGACGAAAGACCUAGGUAUGGGUCUGAAAUUUGCACCUUUCUAUGUUAGGUUGCCAAAUAUUUAUACAGAACGCCAGUUUGCACGUAUUA